AUGGCUUCCAGUACUUCCACACUGCCAAUACAUUUGCAAGGCAAUGUCCGAAAAACAAGCUUUCCGCCAUCAUCUUCGGCAGCACGGCCUUUCCAUGCCACUCAUCUUAAUUUCUCUCUUUCACUGCGUUUAGCAAAAGUUAUAUGCGCAAAUUCUUCUAGCACUGUAAAGUAUAAUGAAGUUGUGGUGGUGGAUGAAGAAAUGGACAAGAUUAGGAGGCUCCAGAACGGGUCGGAUGUUCGCGGGGUGGCGUUGGAACGUGAGAAGGGUCGGACAGUGGACCUUACACCGCCCGCUGUGGAAGCCAUUGCAGAGAGUUUCGGUGAAUGGGUUAUCAAUGGGUUGGAGAAGGAAAGAGGAGUGGCUGUUGAAGAUGUUAGGGUUUCUCUAGGCAGGGAUCCCCGGAUAUCCGGAGCAUCUUUGAGUGUUGCUGUGUUUGCAGGUCUUUCUCGUGCUGGUUGUUUGGUGUUUGAUAUAGGACUAGCCACUACUCCAGCUUGUUUCAUGACUACAUUGUUGCCUGCAUUUGCUUACGAUGCUUCCAUAAUGAUGACGGCAUCUCACUUACCCUUCACCCGAAAUGGUCUAAAAUUUUUCACUAAAAAAGGGGGGCUGACGUCGCCGGAAGUGGAGGAAAUAUGCGACAAAGCUGCCCGGAAGUAUGCAAAUAGGGUCACAAAAGCGUCAACCAUGCUGACAUCUCCUCCGACAAGAGUUGAUUUCAUGAGCAGUUAUGCGAAGCACCUCCGGGACAUCAUCAAGGAGAGAGUCAACCAUCCAUUGCACUACGACACUCCACUGCAAGGAUUUCAGAUAAUUGUGAAUGCUGGGAAUGGAUCAGGUGGCUUCUUCACAUGGGAUGUCCUAGACAAGCUCGGAGCAGACACGUUCGGCUCUCUCCACCUCAACCCAGAUGGAAUGUUCCCCAACCAUAUCCCCAACCCAGAAGACAAAACCGCCAUGUCGCUAACCCGAGCUGCGGUGUUGGAAAACUCCGCCGAUCUCGGAAUUGUUUUCGACACCGACGUCGACCGGAGUGGCAUUGUCGACAACAAAGGCAACCCGAUCAAUGGGGAUAAGCUGAUUGCGCUCAUGUCUGCAAUCGUUCUGCGGGAGCAUCCCGGAACAAACAUCGUGACCGACGCACGUACAAGUAUGGCUCUUUCAAAAUUUGUAAUCGAAAGAGGGGGUCACCAUUGCUUGUAUCGUGUUGGUUACCGGAAUGUCAUCGACAAGGGAGUUCAGCUCAACAGGGAUGGUGUUGAAACACAUCUGAUGAUGGAGACUUCCGGCCAUGGUGCUCUUAAAGAGAAUCAUUUCCUUGAUGACGGGGCUUACAUGGUGGUAAAAAUCAUCAUUGAAAUGGUACGGAUGAAGCUUGCAGGAUCGGAUGAAGGGAUAGGUAGUCUCAUAAAAGAUCUUGAAGAGCCUUUGGAAUCUAUAGAUCUGAGAAUGAACAUCAUCUCCGAGCCUAGGCAUGCAAAGGCCAAAGCUGUUGAGGCAAUAGAAACGUUUCGAAUCUACAUUGAGGAUGGUUGGCUUAAAGGGUGGGAACUGGACUCCUGUGGAGACUGUUGGGUGAGCGAGGGAUGCCUUGCUGACUCUAAUGACACACCAGCUUCCAUUGAUGCUCACAUGUACAGGGUUAAAGUUUCUGAUGAACAACAUGGAGAGCAUGGUUGGGUUCACCUCCGGCAGAGUAUUCACAACCCAAAUAUUGCUGUUAAUAUGCAAUCCAUUGUCCCUGGAGGCUGCCAAUCCAUGACAAGAGUUCUCAGGGAUAAGUUUCUCGUGGCAAGUGGAAUGGAUAGAAUCCUUGACAUCAGUCAGAUUGACAAGUUUGCAAAAAACGGACGUAUAGGAUAAGUUGCAAGCUCCUCUAAAAUGAGGGUCAGGAUAAAAGCAUUGACAACAAUUUAUCCACCAUAUAAGUUUGACUCGAAUACUGUACGGUGUGGGUGUAUACCAUUUUUCUU